UCUGAGUGAAAGAAGAAAAGUGGGGGUUAGAGAAGUGCGGUUGUCCGUUUCCUGCUUUGAGUUGAUGUGUGCACAGAACAGAGAAGAGAAACUUCCUUGACUGUAGAGCACAGUAUUCUGAUGGUGUAGCACAGACGCUUUUUCAAAUGCUGUACAGGCUAAUUUAAGUCAAAUUGGGAGAUCUAGAAGAGGACCAUGAGCCGUGGAUCUAAAAGUAAAACAGAGACCGUUGGAAGCUCGCUGCUGAGCCCACAGGAGAAUGACAAGUUGGAGGAUCUGUUGGGCAGAAGGUGUGCUUCCGUGGCCACGGCGGUAGCACAGCUAUUCAUGGCUCUGCCUCACAGUCCAUCCACGUGGAGCUUGCAGCACACUGGAGUGGUCUGCUUCGUCAAAGACAACCCUCAGCGCUCCUACUUCAUUAGGAUGUUUGAUCUGAAGGGAGAGAAAAUGGUUUGGGAGCAGGAGCUUUACAACCAGAUUGUUUACUCCACACCACGGCAGUACUUUCAUUCCUUUGCAGCUGACGACUGUCAGGUUGGACUGAACUUCUCUGAGCCACAGGAGGCGGAGGCCUUCCAACAAGCUGUCGAGGAGAAAAUCAACCAGAGAAACAACCGCCAAGACAAGAAACAGCGCCCCCUGCCCCCGACUGAAAGAAGUCCCCUGCCUCCAGUCCCACCACCAUCUGGCAGCCCCGGCUCUUUUCACAUGGCUACGGUGGACAUCCAAAAUCCGGAUAUCCAGUCGUCCCGCUAUCGGUCGAUGCCUACGCCUGCUGCUGCAUCUCUGAGCAGCAAAGGAAAGAAGGACAAGAAGAGCAAGAAGAAAGGUCCCAAACUCUCCAAAGCAGACAUCGGUGCCCCCAGUGGAUUUAAGCAUGUAAGUCACGUCGGCUGGGACCCCAACAACCUUGACCCCGACCUGUUGAACUUGCUCUCCCAAGCUGGCAUUGGGGAAGCUGAGAUGAGGGAUGAAAACACCUCCAGGCUCAUCUAUAAUGUCAUCGAGCAGUCAGGAGGCAUGGAGGCGGUGAAGAGGGAAGUGAACAGAGGUCCACCACCUCCUCCUGGCAGACAGGGGCCCCUGCCCCCCCUGCCGGGCUCCAGUCCCAGCGCUCCGACACCUCCACCUCCUCGAAGCCGCUCUGGCCCGCUGCCUCCCAUCCCAGGCCAGUCACAGCGAGGGCCCGCCCCGCCGCCCCAGGCACCUCCAUCGCGCGGAGGCCUGCCACCCCCACCUCCGUCGAGCCGCGGCGGCCCACCGCCGCCGCCGCCUCCUUCGCACGCCCCACCGCCUCACUUCGCCUCGCACCCACCCUCUCAUGUCUCACCUCCACCACCCUCCCACAGCAUGCCUCCUCCCCCGCCACCGUCGAGCCAGCGCUCCGCGGGCUUCCCACCUCCUCCUCCUCCAUCUUCACUCAGCGUAGGAGGUGGCGGCGGCCCUCCGCCUCCUCCGCCACCACCCCCGCCCCCUCCUCCUCCGCAGACCUCCAUAGCUUCAGAUUUCCCACCUCCUCCUCCCAUGGGUGGAGGCCCCCCACCGCCACCUGCGUCUUCCGGAGGAGGAGGAGGAGGAGGAGGAGAAAGCAGAGGAGCUCUGCUUGAUCAGAUCAGGCUGGGGAAGAAACUCAGAAAUGUGACAGACGCUGAGCCAGCUCCGCCCCCUUCACAGGAAUCAGGCGAGGGCAUCGUCGGCGCUCUCAUGAUGGUCAUGCAGAAGAGAAGUAAAGUCAUCCACUCCUCAGAUGAGAGCGAAGAAGACGGCGGAGAUGAAGACGACGACGACGACGAAUGGGACGACUGAUGAGGCGGUUGUUGUCUUUGCGGAUUUUAGUUUGGCCGCGACUUUAGUUUUAAGCUUUGAGACGGAUUGUUACAGGUUCGAUGUUUGCAAACUGGAGUGUAACUUGUACAUGUGAAAAACUGUGUAGGUGAUUCCACGAAUAAAUAAACAAGUAAUUUCA